AUGUUGAAUGAAUUACUUAUGAUAAGUUUAGUUUUGAUAGGAAUUGAAUGCCAAUUGAGUCAACUAAGCUUGAGUGCAACAGAAUCGUUGAUACAUGAAUCAGUAAGUUGUGCCUGCAAUUUUUCUACUGAUUUUUGUGAUGAAUACUGUUGCUGUGAUUCAAAAUGCGAUAGCAAGACAAUAGUUGAAUGGGAUUUAGCAAGAAAAUGCCGAGAGAAAAGUACAUAUAAAAACUUAAAGUAGUAUAUUCAUCUGCAUAUCAAAUUCCUGAAUGCAAUAGAGAUUAUCAAAAAAGUUCAAGUGAUUUGUAUUUAGGACUAAGAAUUGCAUACAAUGUAAGAUUACAUAUGGAUAUUGUCAGCUAUUUAAAAACUUGGGUUGUGUUACAAAUCAAAACACUUUGUCCACUUUGUAAAACAAAGAAUUAGAUUCAAAAGAUUAUACCGCUAAAAUAGAGGAAUAAUUAACUAAAUAUUCAAGCACCCCUGCUCUUACAGGUUUGUCUACUGAUAAUUACAUUACUUCAACAUUGAUUAGUAAUCAGAAUUUGAUGUACAUGUAUAGACCAAGAAGUGACAACGAUAAGGGAUGUCAAUCAGGUCAAAUUAGAAGAUAUCAGACUUAUCCUGUCAACAUAUGCUCAAGAUGUAUGAAGAUAUUCAAUUAUUCAAGAACUAACUGAUGAUUAAAUAACACCACUAUUGCUAACAGAAUUCAAAUACUCAAAUUAUUAAUCAUUAGCAAUUUGGGGAAUAAGCGUAAAGAUUAGUGCCAUUUAUUAUAUUACAUAUAAUGAUGCCACAAAGAGAUAUCAGUAUACUGCUAUUACAACUCCCGCUGAUCCUGUCGGAAAAACUAAUAUGGUUGUUGGUGUCAUCUAUCAAUUCAAUAUGGCUGCAGUCCCUAUUGAUGAUACAGAGAAGAGUGAUAAACCAACUUCAAUUGAUGCUACUAUCUUUAUGAUAGAUGCAGUUCAAGUUAAUUCUGAUGCUGUCAAUAUAAUACCUGCUAUUAGCGGGAUCAUAUAUAAAACUGUUAAAGGGGAGGCCUAUGAUGUAUCAAGUAAGGGAGGCUAUGCAAGAGGAGCUCCUUUAAGAUUUAAAAAGUCCUUGGAUAAUACUAAUGAGGAAUAAUUACAAUAAUUGUUUAUAGGAAUAGAAUCUUAUGAUGUAUUAUUAUCAAUAUUAUCCUCAUUUAGGGAUUGUGCAUAUCCAGUGCUACUAAAGAUAUCAGUCAUUCUUUUCAAAUAAAAUUUUUGGAGGAUCAGAAGAUUUCCUGUUCAAAAUCAUCUAUUAGUUUUUCAACGUCCAAUAUUUAUAAGAAUGUUGCAGAUAAUUUGAAAUUUGUAGCCAGAUAUGGUGAUUCAGGUUCAAAUAAUCUAAGUACUGAUGAAUGGUUGUUAGUAUCUCCAUGUUCAUCAACUGACAGUUAUCAGUUCUCUCUCACUUUUGGAUAUAUUGUAUAUGGUGAAAAGGGGAAGGAGAGGUUCAGAAUUAAUUCAGCUUCACUGAUUUGCACGCAAGUAUCAAUUGAUGCUGCUUAAUACGAAUAUAGAUUUUAUAUUUAAUUUAUUGAGAUACCUAAUACUUGGACUCACUUUAAAGGACCUUCACCUUAACUUAUUGGAGGUCUCCCUGAUGAUAUUUUAGCGCCCUUUAUUAAUUACGGAUGA